CGUCGGCAUUGAGUCGCCAUUGAAAUCCGUCGAAGAGGCAGGGAAUUCUCGUCGUGUUUUUCGAGGUUUAAUCAUUUCCAUAGCGUAACUUUACGCACAAAUCAACACUCCAAGUCGUAAAAUACAGUCAUCUGUGUUUAUUUAUAAGCGGACGGCUUCUCAAACUUUUCAAGAUGUCGUACAUGCUACCUCACCUCCACAAUGGCUGGCAGGUAGACCAGGCAAUCCUUUCCGAAGAGGACCGCGUUCUGGUCAUCCGUUUCGGUCACGACUGGGACCCGACGUGUAUGAAAAUGGAUGAAGUGCUGUACAGCAUCGCUGAAAAGGUGAAAAACUUUGCUGUUAUUUAUCUGGUGGAUAUUACUGAGGUGCCAGACUUCAACAAGAUGUAUGAGCUGUACGACCCUUGCACGGUCAUGUUUUUCUUCAGGAACAAGCACAUCAUGAUUGACUUGGGAACAGGUAACAACAACAAAAUCAACUGGACAAUGGAGGACAAGCAGGAGAUGAUCGACAUUGUGGAGACUGUUUACAGGGGUGCCCGAAAAGGAAGAGGUUUAGUAGUGUCUCCCAAAGACUACUCCACCAAAUACAGAUAUUGAAUGCCAGCUUCCCUGCAUUUUUUUUUUUUUUGAGUGGUGCACUCUGGAAGCACCCAUGUUCAUCAGACAUUUGAAACAACUUGCCUUUGGAUACCGGACUAUGGAGAGACUUGAUGUGUUUUUAAUUUUUUUUUGUAGUAUAUUAGUAAUUUUUUACGGUCACAGGAUAACGGUAUGAGUUGUCCAUAAACUUUCCUGUUUUGGUUCCUUUUGAAAGCCUCAAACACUGAGUAAAAGACUACUUUUAGGUUAACUUGUGAAAAUUUUUGUCCACUGUUACCUUUGUG